CCUCGCAAUGCCACUGGCGUUAGCAGCGGAGGUGAUCGCAGUGGGAGGAGGAGACGUAGCGUGAUUUCCUUUUUGUUUUUGGCUCUGUUCGCGGCUGUCUCGGACUGCACGGUGGUGGAAGAUAGAUAGGAUUUUCGAGUGAUGUCGGACGAUGUGUGGGGCGGCGAGGCGAGGCCGGAGGUGGUGUCGGCGGUGUGCGAGUGCUGCGGGCUGACGGAGGAGUGCACGCCGGCGUACGUCGAGGCGGUCCGGGGGCGGUUCAGCGGGCGGUGGGUGUGCGGCCUCUGCGGCGAGGCCGUGGAGGACGAGAUCGGCCGCGCGGGCCGGCGGAUGUCCACGGAGGAGGCGCUCGUCCGCCACACGAGCUUCUCCGAGAGCUUCCGCGCCGCGCGGCCGCCCCUCAACACCGCCGAGCCCAUGAUCGCCGCCUUGCGGCAGCUCUUCCGCCGCAGCCUCGACUCGCCCCGGGCGACGCGGUCAACACCAACCAGCCCUCGCAGGGGGACGGUGAAGGACGACGGCAGCGACUCCACCCGCAGCUCACUCGCUCGGUCGAGCAGCUGCCUCUCUACUGCGGCCCGGUGAAGCCGAGAACAUGACGGUAAACGUCGAGCGAGUGACCACAACACAUGCAUCAAGAUUCGUGGUAAAACCAAAUAAAAGUGGCAAUUGUUUGGGAUUUA